CUCCAUGUCUGCCGGCGACUUUGCAAAGCUGAAUUACGACGACCUGUUUUCCGAGUCUGCUCGCAAAGAUGUGCAGACUCCGGCCAUUUGGCAAAUGUUCACAGGCGCCGUGUACGUUUCACGGCGGCAGACUCAGCCUUUGCAAGGUCCUGUUCGGCACCCCCGCUCUGUGUCUGCCGGACAACCCAAGUCACCGGCGAACGCUCGCCCACGUGGCCGAAAUGUUAAGUUGCACGGCAAUGAGGGCCGUGUCAAGAAGCUCAAGCCCAAGUUGGGGUUUCCUUCCAGACAAAAGGGGAGCCCAGCGCGAGCCGAGCAGAAUCACGCGAGAUCCAAAAGUGUAGACACCAAUGGGGAGAAUAGAAAAUCAGGAGACGAGGGGAGAGAGGGCUCGCGAGAAAAAUCACUUGUUGAGCGGGAGUUGCCUGCACAGGACAAACCACAGCCACUUGGCACUCUCAAGGAGGACACUUUAGAAAGUUGUAGAAAUGAUUUCACUGCACUCGCCUUACAGACGUUCAAGAGGGAACCGUUAAUUGAAAAGCCAGAUUGGCACACAUCAGGUUCGCAAAGUGUUCCGGAGGCAGCGAGCCUCAGCGAUGAUGCCACACAGGAUCAGACUAUCACUUGGAUCAAGGGAAACCGGCUGGGCAAGGGGGCCUUUGGAACUGUGUUCCUCGGGCUGACAAACCAGGGCAAGCUGAUUGCCGUUAAGGAGCUGGAGCUCAGAGAUUCCCAAAGUGCGAACGGCAACCAAGGUGGACAAAAGCAGAGCGAGCUGCAGAAGCUGCAGGAUGAGGUGGAGCUGCUCACCACCCUGCGUCACCCCAAUGUGGUCGAGUACCUGGGCACGGAGAUGGAGGGAAACCGCUUCAGCAUUUUCAUGGAGUUUGUGCCAGGCGGCACGGUGGCGGAGACGGUCCGGGGGUUUGGGCCCCUCGGCGAAUCCGUGUGCCGUAGCUACAUCGCGCAAAUGACCCGCGGGCUCGCCUACCUGCACGGCCACGGCGUGAUGCACGGCGACGUCAAGGGGAGCAAUGCGGUGAUCACGCCCGCCGGUGUCGUGAAGCUCAUCGACUUUGGCUGCGCUCAGCGGGUGGCGCUGGCACUCAGCUGCCACGAAAAUGGGGGCCUGCACUCCGUGCACGGCACUGCCUAUUGGAUGGCUCCAGAGGUGAUCAACGGCACAGGCUACGCGCGCAGGGCCGACGUCUGGAGCCUGGGCUGCACGCUGCACGAGAUGGCUGUGGGUCGGCCACCCUUCGCCGACAUGGCUCCCAUGGCUGCUUUACUCCACAUUGGCAUAAGGAAUGGGAUUAUGCCUGGUCUGCCUCAAGCUUUUUCCAAGGAGGCACAAGAAUUUGUGGAGCAAUGCUUCAUCAGGGACAAGCUGAAGAGGCCAUCCUCCCAGGAGCUUUUGAGUCACCCCUUCAUCUGUGAGGAGCCGUGUGCCCGGUGAAACAAUGGAACGUCAAUGUAUCUUCGUAUCGCCUGUACUCUUCACGCAGAGCAUCAUUGAAGACACAACAGCGUAGUCGUCGGCAUAAACUCAACUGCACUGUUACUGGUAGGAACCCUCCUGGUUACACCAGCCCACAGGGGAUUAUUGUGUCCGUCCGUCGUGCAUCAAAAAAU